AUACAAUUUGAGGCGAAUCUGUGAAUCCAGAGAAGUACAAGGACUACAUUUUGAGAUUAUCCCGUUUUCUUCCGUCGUCGUCGCACGAGUGUGUGUGAGCCAAGUCCUUUUGAGCUAGCUCAGUAGCUCGCUCUCCCACUGAACAACAUCUCCGUGAGUCUGUCUAUGCAAGGUUCUUAAGGCUACAAAAAGGUAACCGUGACGGCGAUUUUAGCUCUAUUAUUCUCAGUUGAGCCAGUAUUCCGGCGAAUUGGAUUAUUGCACAGUUCUAGUUUUUUCUUUUAAUGAGAUUUGGCAAAGAGGCUUAGGCAUAGGCUUAGGAUUAGUGUUUUCGCGUACUCAUGUCGAGCUUGUUACACUGCAGAAGGGUUGGUAUAGUUUCAUCUUUCCGGAGAAAGGUCGGAGAUUUUGCGUUUAACACUUCCACCGUCGUAGUCAAUCUAGGGUUUCUGGUGAAUAGAAGAAGGACAUUGUGUUCGGUGUCACAAGUGAAUUUAGAUGGUUUCGAAAAGCAAACCCAAUGCUUGGAAUCUUUUACAGUUUCGUAUCUCGUGAAUUCUUGUGGAUUGUCUUUGGAAUCAGCUAAGUCAAAUUCGAGAUUCGUCAAAUUGGUUUCUUCCGAGAAACCAGACUCUGUUCUUGCUCUCUUCAAGGACCAUGGCUUCACCAAUGACCAGAUCACCACUGUCAUCAAAUCUUUUCCUCGUAUUCUGUCAUUGAGCCCAGAGGCUGUCAUCUCUCCCAAGCUCAUGUUUUUCAGUUCCAUCGGGUUUUCGACCUCUGAUACUGCCAAGCUGAUCUCUUCUUGCCCGAAAACGCUAUCCUUCAGCUUGGAGAAAAGACUGAUCCCUUGCUAUGAUUCCCUCAAGAGCAUACUCUUAGAGGAAGAAAACGUUGUCAAGUGUCUGAAGCGCGGAUACAGAUGUUUCUCUUUGAAGAUUGCACAUUGUGUAUCUCCCCGGAUCUCCAUUUUUAGAGAGCUUGGCGUUCCAGAUAAAAGCAUCAAGUGGUUGGUUCAAGCGUCUCCAUUCACUUUUUUCUCUUCAGAGAGAAGAUUCAACGAGAUCUUAAACAGAGUUUGCAGCUACGGUUUUGACCCGAAGAAAGCGGGUUUUGUUCACGCUAUGAUAGCCUUUGAUUGCACGAGCGAAUCAACAAUGGAGCGGAAGUAUAAGUUGUUCCAACGUUUUGGUUGGUCUAAACAAGAUUUUGUCUCAGCAAUCAUGAGAUUCCCAAACUGUGCGACGGUUUCAGAUGAGAAGAUAAUGUACACGAUGGAGUACCUUGUAAACAACAUCGGUCUGCAGGCUCGUGACAUUGCUGCAAGACCAGUGGUGUUGGGUCUGAGCAUGGAGAAGAGAAUCAAACCGAGGAACCAGGUGAUCUCUUUGCUUCUCUCAAAAGGACUCGUGAAGAAAAAAGACAUCAACUAUUUCACUAUACUAAAGAUGAAAAGCCCAGAGUUCAUGGAUAAGUUUGUGCUAAAACAUCAGGUUGAGCUGCCACAACUUAUGCAAACCUUUACUAGUAAUCGAUGAGUCUAACUAGAUUGCAGAUUUGAUGAGGAAGAAAAAAAGAAAGGUUUUGCGAGUUUGUUCUAUUGAAGUGAGAACACAGCAUACAUAAUUGUACGUGGUUGUGGCUGAAUCUUGUCGGUAACUCAUGUAUUUUUUUGCAUCGGAUCAUGUUAUGCUGAACGUUACCUUUUGGUUCUGUUUAUAAUUUGGUACGUUAGAAUAUAUGAAUGAUGCUAUAAAAUGUUUUCUCAUGGAACUAAAUAAAGCUAGAUGUUGCAUUUUCCA